CCUCCGGUUCAGCAGCCCCGAACCAAGCAGGCUCGGAUACCUUUGCUGCUCUCUCUCUGUCUCUCUCUCUCCUUAUCCAUUCUCUCUCUUCAUCAGUCGUCACUACCUUUGCUGCUCAUUCGAAUAGCCUCGCAUGGGUUGAUCCUGAUCAGCGUUCGAAGAUCCAGUUCGAUCGAGAGCGAGGAGAUGGCGUUGGUGUCCGGGAUGAGGUCGAGCUUGAACCCGAAGGCGCAGCCGUUCAUCCCGAUGUUUUACCGGCAGGUGGAGGAUUUCUCGCCUGCGUGGUGGGAGCUCGUCAAUGCAUCGUCUUGGUAUCGCGAUUACUGGCUGAGCCAACGUGAGGACGACGAUUUCGGAGAUAUUGAUGAUGAUGACGACGACGACGACGACGACGAUACGAUGCCGGGGAUGAUCGAUGAUGGGUUCGCGUUCGUGUAUGAGCUGGAUGGUAUUGAUGAGAGGGCUGGUGGGGGAUCGGAUCCAGUGGGUGUUGGUGAAGGAGUGAGGAAACUGCUCAAUGGUGCGCAAAUCGAUGCUAAAGCUCUGCUGAAGGACCUGAGCAUACCAAAGCCACCCAAGGACAGAGGGCCCAAAUCACCAGUAAUGGGGUGUCCAAAGUUCAGCAAGAAAUCAGUUCAGAAUGUGAGAGUCAAGUGCGCUCCUCGACGCAUUCAUCAGCCUCGCUGAACGAGUGAUGAUCGAGUAAACUAGUGGAAUCUGUUUGGUCUUUAGUCUUCAGUACAUGACGAGGUUUCGAAUGCUUGUAGCUUCUGGUUCCUGUAAUGCUUUUGGCUUUUGUAGUUUUAUCAAGGCUUUCUCAGGGUGUAAAAAUUGAAUAAUUAAUAAAACAUUAUCUUUGCAGUAUUA